AUGCCAUCUGCUUCCUCUUGGCCGCGCCCUUCGCUCUCAGAAGCUACUGUUGGGUGGGCAAACAACUCGCUUUCCGGCACCAUCGAAGAGACUUCCACUUCUAAUGAAUCAGCUAUUCCCACUGAUUCUGUUGGCAGCUCUUAUGUAAGAACAUCGAGUAGCUUAGGCAUGAUGUUUGGAUCAGGGUCUAUCUCGGCUGUCACAUCUGUUGCUUCCUCAACUUCCGCGUCAACAAUCUCUACUCCUACUUCGAACAAUACUAAACUUGCAUCAAUCAGCUCUACCCAUGAGCCUAUAAGCUCUACUCUUGGACUAAUUAGCACCUUUGUGACGAAGACACAAACCCAAAGCUCGAAGCUGAGCUCGCGUAUGAGUUCAUCAUUCAUUGACAUUUACGACGCCACAAUAAGGACUCAAGGUGUAAACCAUACACCUACCAGCAGUCCCACCGAGACAGUGGUACCGGCAGAUUCACCUCCAUUGACCCCAUCACAGACAGCUGGGGUUGCCCUAGGUAGUACAGCUGGGGUUUUCCUUGCGAUCGUCGCCGCAAUCUUUGUCGCUCGCCGCUAUCACGCGGUACAUGCAGCGAGGCGCGAAAGCUGGGGAUCUUCAGGUGUUUACCCCAAAGUCGCGUACUUGUACGAUCCUUCGCUUGGCGAAAAUGGUGGCAGAAAUAGUGGAGAUGACGAGGCACUGGCCUUCAUGUCUGGUGGUGCAAGUGGAUUGCCAUCAACUGGGAGCAGAACACCGCCUCGUGCGCCUCAAAACUCUCUCGAUUACGAUCCUAGUGAUUGGUCUGGCUUUAACGGACUGCAAUAUAGCGACCCUGGUAACCCGUUCAAAGAUCCUGAAGACCCGUUCAUGGACUGGAGAAGUAGUGAUGCGAUUGGUUCACCAAGUGACACUGUGUCUGCUCUUGCCGCUGCGGUCGCAGAGUAUGGGGCAGGUCCGCAAAGGCCUCUUCCUCCUAUACCGACUUCCUUGACACCACUCUUCCGCGAUCAUGUCAUUCCAUCGCCAACUUUGAGCCCCAUCACCAACGGCUGCAGCUUGCGUCGCAGCCAUGCACGAUCAUCAAGGGGAAGUAGUGUCAGGAGUCAAAGGUCUCUACGAAGCCUACGCGCCUGCCCUUCAGCGAAUCCUGAUUCAAAGGGUCACCCAUCGAGUUCACGCGGGCCACGACAAAGUCUAUCAUCCAUCAAGGAGGGAUGCAUCAACGAACCUUUCCCAGACUCGAUAGAGCAUGACCUUCUCCUACCAGUCGACGUCCGAACGGAAACACUGGAUUCAGUGAUGGUAUACGCGCCGGUACCAAGGACACCAAUGCGACCAGCCUUGUCAACAAUACUCUCCGACGAUCAGACAUCCAUGACUUCGUUACCAAGUAUAGUCGCCGCACAGUCUCUAGCAGCUACGCAGCCUCAAUCAACUAGUGGCAUACUCUUCCCCACAUCCAAAGACGACCAAUACUCAUAUACUUCAUUCGUUUACAACAACACCCUAUCACCAUCACAUCCUGAGCGGCCAACUAGCGAUGAAACAACCACUCAAAGGACGUAUUCUAUUCUCUCUUCAUCCCCACUCCCACGAUCGACCUCAGCACCUCGAAACAAAGGCUGGGAAGAGAUCAAACGUACUUCCAACGGCUCUACCAGUCUCAGUUCGCCCUUGCCAACACCACCUCUUCAUAGUUUCGCUUCACCGCGACCAAACCUCUCUCCUCUACCUCCUCUCAAGGAACGCUCCUUGAUCCAACUCCGCCGCAAGACGCCACUAGCUGGCAGGGGUCAGCUAAUGGCACCUACACAAAGCUCACAUUCAGCUUCCUCUUCUACGCCUUUGGCAGUGAAGACGAGCUUCAUGUUCAAUUCGAAUAAGAGUUUUGAGGGCCCAAGGAUGAGUUCGCUUGCCAAAGUCAAUAGCAUUGGCGAUAUGAGAGAUGAGGCAGCAAGUCCAAGAAAGCGGAAAGGGGUUGGGCUUGGAUACCGCGACUCCAUCUCCCAGAGGUUGGAGAUGAGAUCUAGGUGGAGUCCAUCAGAGGUAGGAAGGACAUUCUGA